AUGACCACACUCUCUCCCGAAAACAGCCUCUCAGCCAGGCAGUCAGCCUCCUUCAUCCUGGUGAAGAGAAAGCCGGCCAUUGACAAGACGGAAUGGAACAGCUACUUUGAUGAGAACGGGCAGUUGGUCAAGACCCGAGACUUCAUCUGCAUCAACAUCCUGGAAAGGGGCCUGCACCCCUGUGUGAGGACCGAAGCCUGGAAGUUCCUCACUGGCUACUACUCAUGGCACAGCUCCCAGGACGAACGCCUCUCAGUGGACAGUACCCGGAGGAAGAACUACGAGGCCCUCUGCCAGAUGUACGAGAGGAUCCAGCCGCUGCUCGAGAACCUGCACCGCAACUUCAUCGAGACUCGGAACAACAUCGCAUUUGAUAUCCAGAAACUCUAUGACAAAGACCCGCUGGGCAACGUCCUUAUCGACAAGAAGAAGCUGGAGAAGAUCCUCCUGCUGAGUUACGUCUGCAACACCCAGGCAGAGUACCAGCAGGGCUUCCACGAGAUGGUGAUGCUUUUCCAGCUGAUGGUGGAGCACGACCACGAGGCCUUUUGGCUUUUCCAGUUCUUCCUGCAGAAAACAGAGCACAGCUGUGUCAUCAACAUCGGGGUGGGCAAGAACCUCGACAUGCUCAACAGCCUCAUCGCCCUGCUGGACCCCGUGUUUGCUGAGCACCUGAAAGGGAAGGGCGCGGGCGCCGUGCAGUCGCUCUUCCCCUGGUUCUGCCUCUGCUUCCAGCACGCCUUCAAGUCCUUCGACGACGUCUGGAGACUCUGGGAGGUGCUGCUGAGCGGGAAGCCGUGCCGGAACCUGCAGGUGCUGGUGGCCUACAGCCUGCUGCAGAUGGUGCGGGGGCAGGUGCUGCGGGAGAGCAUGGCGGGGGACGACAUCCUGCUGGCCUGCAAUCGCCUCAUUGACCUUGACGCUGACGAGCUGAUCUCCUCGGCCUGCCUGGUUUAUGCUGAGCUCAUCCAGAAGGAUCUUCCUCAGCCCUUACAGGAUUUCUUCCUCUGA